CGAAGGGUUCACCUAAAAUGCCAUACCAUUCAACAUUUAACCUGCAACCUCGCACUCUUGUAUCCAAACGAGUCUUGAGGAGCGCAGAUAAGAUCCGGGAAGACCAGGCUGUUUCAGUUAGGCGGUUCGUUUCCUUCUUCUCGAGUCAUUUCCCCUGCUCCAUCAUCAUCCACCCUUUUUCCUACCUGCAACUUCAUCCAUGUUAUCUUUACCCAUUCAGUGCUGCUCUGUUCACGCUCCAUUACUCAGCCUCUUCUUCUCCCUGACCCCAAGGCACCACUCACCUUCCCACCUUCGUCUUCCUUGCUCCAACAUAUCUGUGCGCGCCGCCCGUACUGGCGUCUCACUGUUGCUGGAAAAUGAAGAGACUCCCAAGCACCAGCUGCGAACGCUCUUUCCCGGCGGCUUCAAGCGCCCGGAAAUCAAAGUUCCCAAUCUCGUGCUCCAGCUGAACGCCCGAGAUCUUCUCUACGAUGAAACCGCUCUUGAUAAGAUAGACAAUGGCGUAUCAUCUCGGGUCGGCAUUGUUUUGCUCAGUGGAGGUGGGAUGACCGACGGGAGAUUGUACGAGGCUGCUUGCUUGUUGAAGUCUGUCAUCCGGGAAAGAGCCUACUUAUUGGUUGAUGAACGCGUUGAUAUUGCAGCGGCAGUUAAUGCCAGUGGAGUUUUGCUCUCAGAUCAAGGUCUCCCUACCAUUGUGGCUAGGAAUACAAUGCUGGAUGCAAAGUCCAAGUCAGUAGUUCUCCCUUUGGUCGCAAGACUUGUACAAACACCAAAGGCUGCACUUCAAGCAUCUGAUUCUGAAGGGGCUGACUUUAUUAUAUAUAAUGUUGGAGAUAAUAAUAGAUCAGAUGAGGUGGUCAGUUCCGUCUUUGAGACAUUGAAAGUGCCAGUUUUUGUCAUGCUUGAUUCACUUGGAGAAGGGAAGCUAUUCAAUGAAGUUUCAUAUUUCCUUGAAUUAGGAGCUAGUGGUUUGGUUAUAUCUAUGAACGGAUUGAAUCUUAUGAGGAAUGAAGAUUUUAGCCAACUGUUUUGUGGUGCUCAUGCAUUGGAGGAAAGAUACGUGUCUCAAAAGUUUUGUUCUGUUAAUGGAUAUCAGGGAAAGAAAGUGGUGGCCGGCUUCACCAAGUUGCGUGAGAGAGAACAACAGCUUAUUGAAGCCGAGAAGCUUAUCUUGCAUGAAACAAUAAAUGCCAUAAAAACAGCUACUCCGCUGAUGGAAGAGGUCUCACUGCUCUUUGAUGCUGUCUCUCAGCUUGAUGAUCCAUUUUUACUGGUUAUAGUGGGAGAGUUCAACUCUGGAAAAUCAACUUUUAUCAAUGCUCUUCUUGGAGAAAGGUACCUGAAAGAGGGUGUUGUUCCUACAACCAAUGAGAUCACUUCAUUACGCUAUUGCGAGUCAAAUAAUUUACAACAAUGUGAAAGGAAUCCAGAUGGUCAAUAUGUAUGCUAUCUACCUGUACCUAUUCUAAAAGAGAUGAUUAUUGUUGAUACUCCUGGAACUAACGUGAUACUUCAACGACAACAAAGGCUGACUGAGGAAUUCGUCCCUCGAUCAGAUUUGCUUCUUUUUGUUAUGUCUGCCGAUCGACCAUUAACUGAAAGUGAGGUCAAUUUUCUUCGUUACACUCAGCAGUGGAAGAAAAGUAUCAUUUUUGUGCUGAAUAAAUCUGACAUUUACUUGAAUGCGGGUGAGCAAGAUGAAGCUGUCACUUUUAUAAAAGAAAAUAUAAAGAAGGUGCUGAGUACUGAACAUGUGAUCCUGUACCCUGUAUCUUCACGGUGCGCUCUUGAAACUAAGCUUUCAGCUUCUUCUGACAUUCUGAAAGAUAUUAAUGGCCAAUCCUUGGAUGAGUCUCUCUUGAAAUCUGCAAGUUUCUUUGAACUUGAGAGGUACUUGUAUAGCUUUCUGGAUGCCUCAACAAGUACAGGAAUUCAACGAAUGAGACUUAAGCUUGAGACACCGGUUAUCAUUGCAGAGCAGCUGCUUUCAUCCUGCCAAACUUUUGUGAGUGAAGAGUGUGAGAUAGCAAAAAAUGAUUUAUUGUCUGUGAAUGAUCUUAUUGAUGGUGUAAAACACUGGAACAAGAAAAUGGAAAAUGAAAGCUUAUCCUGGAAGACGCAAAUUCUCUCUGUGAUUGACACUACACAGGCACGUAUAGUCCAGCUUUUAGACAAUACUCUACGGAUUUCAAACCUUGAUCUCGUCACUGGAUAUGUAUUUAGAGGAGAAAAAACUACUCAAAUGCCAGCUACAGUAAGUGUCAAAAAUGACAUAAUUGGUCCAGCAGCUUUUGAAGCAGAAAAGCUACUGGCUGAGUUCAUGGCAUGGUUACAGUCUAAUGCGGACCAUGAAAGACUAUGCUACAGAGACCGUUUUGAGAAAAGAUAUAGCUCUUUACUUGAUGCGGAAAAGCAGAUUCUGGCUGAUAGCUGUACAUUACUUGGGAGAAAACAACUUCUAAGCUCACGUGUGAUGGAAGCUUUUAGUCCGAGUGCUGCGUCAAAGCUGUUUGAUCAAGAAAUACGUGAAGUGUUCUUUGGGACUUUUGGUGGGCUCGGAGCAGCGGGUUUCUCUGCAUCGGUUUUGACGUCUAUUCUACCCACAACAUUAGAAGAUAUUCUUGCUCUUGGCCUUUGUUCUGUGGCAGGCUUUUUAGCAAUCUCCAAUUUUCCAGCUCGUAGGCGACAGGCUGUGGAUAAGGUGAAGAGAAUCGCGGAGGGGUUAGCACGUGAGAUUGAAGAAGCGAUGCAGAAAGAUGUGUUGGAGACAAGUUUGUAUUUAGAGGGUUUGGUAGAACUCAUCGGCAAGCCUUAUCGAGAAGCAGCACAGCGGAGACUGGACAAGCUUUUGGCUACUGCCGACGAACUGACAAAAAUGAAGACCAAACUGAAAGCGUUGCAAAUUGAAAUUUACAAUCUCAAUUAGGGACUCUCUGUGAUUCCAGAAACAAAGGAAUCAUCAUGUUUCCAAAUGUCCCAUACUACACCAGCUGUGCUGUGCUCUUUGAUGGCAUAUCAAAUGGUAUUCUGAAUGUUGUAUAACUGCAGUUGUUGGCUGGCACUUUGCAGGCUGGCGGCUGGAUGUAAACAAUAAUCUGUAUAAUAAUAAACAAAUAUGGAG